UUGAAACUCACCAAGACUUACCCUCUAGAAAUUUCCCCCGAGAUGAAAACUCAAACUGCUACUCUCUUCGCUUUGGUGUUUGCUGCCGUGGGCCUUGCUCACGAUCAUCACCACGAAGAACAGAUUCCUAUGAAUUAUGUCAAAUAUCCCUACCAGGCCGUAUAUCCAGGCGAUGAUGAGGUGACUGCGGACUCCAUUUUCUCUGGAAUUACUACAUUUGCGAAGCUGCCAUGGGUCCAGUGUCUUGGAAAGGACCGAGACACUACCUUUGACAUCGCAUUCGUUGGCGCUCCGUUUGAUACGGGGACAUCGUACCGCCCGGGUGCCCGGUUCGGGCCUGCUGGUAUUCGUGCUGGAUCCCGCCGGCUGACUUUGUACGGAGGAUACAACGUUCCCCUUGAGGUCAACCCAUUCCUCGCGGGACUAAAAAUUGUAGAUUGCGGUGACAUUCCAGUCACGCCUUACGACAACAAGUUUGCAAUCAAGCAAAUUGAAGGUGGGCACAAGGAGCUUCUCCACCGACCUACCUUUUCCCCGCUCGGCAACGACGCCCUCACCGGCAAGCCCCUCGUUCCAAUUUCGCUUGACGGAAAACAUCAUCCACGUGUAGUCACACUUGGUGGUGACCACACGAUUGUUCUGCCUUUGUUGAGAUCCAUUCACUCUGCAUAUGGGCCAAUUUCUGUCAUUCACUUUGACUCUCACUUGGAUACCUGGAAGCCCUCUGUGUUCGGAGGUGCCCCUUCCGAUCAAGCCGCUAUUAAUCACGGCACCUACUUUUACUGGGCUAGUCAGGAAGGUCUGAUUAAGAACGGAAGCUCUAUUCAUGGCGCUAUCAGGACCACGCUUUCAGGACCAGCCGAUUAUGACAAUGACGACGCCUCUGGCUUCCAACGAAUCGAGGCACGUGAGAUCGACACCAUAGGCACCGACGGAAUUAUCAAAAAGAUUCGGGAGACCGUCGGCGAUCGACCGGUCUAUCUAUCCAUUGAUAUUGAUUCAAUCGACCCCGCUUUUGCUCCUGCGACGGGCACCCCGGAAACUGGCGGCUGGUCUACGCGCGAGUUACGCACCAUUCUCAGAGGCCUGGAUGGUCUCUACAUUGUCUCGGCGGAUAUUGUUGAAGUUGCUCCUGCAUAUGAUACCAAUGCAGAGCUCACGACCAUGGCCGCGGCCGACGUGCUAUUCGAGGUCAUUAGCGUCAUGGCCAAGACCCCCUUGGGUAAAGUUGCUAAUUAGGUUGGGUGACUUAUUCACCUCAGAUCAGGUUAGCUGUUUAUCCUUAGAGCAGUGAAAUGGUUUCUUGAUACUGCAUGCAAUUCGGUGUACAUACUUAUUUCCUACUUCAUUUGAGAUUUCAUCUAUGCAUUAUUAGUUAGUCUCGAAUCAAAUGCCGUUGGUCACAGAGUCAUACUUGCAUUCGCAAUGUGUACGACAUCGUUGGAUAGGAAUUCCUGAUAUCCAAUCGCAGCCACGUGAGUCAUCAAUCAUAGGGCACCCAUACCAUGGAGC